ACGGUCAACUGGAUCACAAUCAGCAUUGGACUUCCUUUGACUCUACUAGUGAUAGUUGCAGUUUUGUCACAGGUGAAAAAGGAUUUUGGUGCACCAGUCUACGUAAUCAACCUUUUAAUUUCUGAUCUCAUUCAGCUCUGCCUCAGGAUUUCAUUGAAUUUUUGCCAGAAUUAUCACGUAUUAAGCAGUGUCCUAGUUUUGUGUGCAACAGCCAGUGUUGCAUUUAUGAUGUGCAUAUCAGUUGAAAGAUAUUUGAUCAUUGCCAAGCCACUGUGGUACAGAUUCACAAGAAACAUCAAGACAUCUGCAGUGGUUUGUGCAGUGGUCUGGGCUCUUUCUUCCCUCUUUCUGCUGAUGUUUUUCUAUCUUGAAAAACACCCUUCCCUUUUAGGAGCUUUUCUGCUCCUGCCAUUUCCUUUGUUCAUCUUUUCCUUGGUAGAGACCAUAAAAGCCCUGUCUGGAUCUCUCAGUGUCCCUGCUGUUGAAAAACGACGAAUCGCAGCCAUUCAGGUUGUUGUGCUGCUUGUUUACUCUCUGCUGUUUCUGCCCUUAAUUGUUUCGUUCUUGAUCUUGCCUGGUGAUUAUAUUUCCUUUAUGGUGGUUUCAAUCUCUGUUUGUCUUUAUCCCUUUGCACAGGCAAUGUUGUAUUUGCUUAUACGGAAAAGCGUUGUGGAUAAACUUCUAGAUUCACUGUGUUCUUGUAAAAUAUGUAAGAAUGAGGAGAUAAGCAGCACUGAUAAUAAAACGACAACUGCUCCAAAUUCAGAGACUGUUUAA